AUGAGUGUGGCUGGGGACGCCAUGAUGGUGGAAAGAGCUUAUGAUACACAGGAUGGUUUGUAUGAUGUGGCAUGGAGUGAAAUCAAUGAAAAUCAGCUUGUUGUAUCGAGUGGUGAUGGAUCGAUUAAAUUGUGGGAUACCACCUUGGCAGAUUUCCCUAUACAAAACUGGCAAGAACACCAGCGAGAAGUUUUUUCAGUGGAUUGGAAUUUGGUAGCCAAAGAUGUAUUUGCCAGUAGUUCGUGGGAUCACACCAUUAAAAUUUGGAAUCCGCAAGCGUCACGAUCGCUGACGACGUUCACAGAACAUACGCAUUGCGUCUACAGUACCGCUUGGUCACCGUACAGUGCGACACGACUGGCUUCUGCCUCGGGAGAUCAAACGGUCAAAAUCUGGGACACACACAGUCCUCGAUCCGUGCAAACGCUUCGAGCGCAUCACAAUGAGAUUCUUUCGGUGGACUGGAACAAAUAUCAGGAGCACAUGUUGGCGACGGGUUCUGUGGAUAAGAUGAUCAAAGUAUGGGAUUUGCGUCGAGCGGAUCGAGAAGUGAUAUGCUUACCAGGACAUGAAUAUGCGGUGCGUCGUGUCCGUUGGUCUCCCCACCGGCCGAAUGUACUGGGGAGUGCCUCCUACGAUAUGAGUGUACGGUUUUGGGAUACAGCCGCCUCUCCCGGGCAAAAUCUGAUCCAUGUCCAUGAUGCUCAUACUGAAUUCGCUUUAGGCUUGGAUUUUAACUUGUACUUAGAAGGCCAAGUAGCUACAUGUGCUUGGGAUGAGAAAGUAAAUGUAUUUAUUCCCCCUGCCCUUAUGAGACGAUAA